AUGUCAAAGGCCCACCCAGUCGUGGUGCUGGCGGGGCUGCUGCUCGCGGCCCUGCCAGCAGUGCAUGCCGGCCUGUCCAUGUGCGCCAAGGUGGAGCCUGUGUGCCAGUGGCCUCUAGAGGAGGCUGGCGCCCGGCUGGGCACUACCACAGUCGACCCCGUCUCAGCCGCAGCCGUGUUUGUUAGGCCCAGCCACAGCAGCAUCAUCAGCAGUGCAAAAAGCAGCAGCAGCAGCAGCAGCAGCAGUAGCAAAAGCAGCAAAAGCAGCAGCAGCAAACGCAACAGCUCGCCCGGCGCUGUCAAGACCGCGCCCCAGCAAACAAAGCGCCUGUUGUCGGCAGCCGAACAGCAGAGCGAGCCCGUGCUGGAGGCGCCGCCGCGGCGCGUGGCGCACGGUGACGAGCCGCCACGGCUGCCCGCGUCAGAGCGGGCGCAGAUCUACCGCCGGCUAGCCGAGGUCAUCCGCGGCCACGAGACGGAGGGGGUGUCCACCCCCAAGCGCCGCUCCCUGCGCGAGCGUGCGCAGACUGCCGCCAACGCGCAGCAGUCACAGGCGCGCGCGCAGCAGCUGAUGCCCGAGGGCGUCCCCGACAUGCUGGGCUCCCUCUUGCGCGGUGCACUGGACAUAUUCCGCCCGACCACCGCCGCCGCCGCCCGGCGCCCCACGCAAGCGCCGCUGCCCGUGCGGCCGCCGAGCCCCAUCCUCAGGGUGCUGGACCCCCACCUCGGCCUCGUCGCCACGAUCAACGACCUCGGGAUCCUCAACGAGCGCGGGCAGCCGCAGGGCCAGAUUGUUCAGGACAUGGUCUACCUCGAAAACGACGCGCUGACGGUCGGCAUCGACGUGAGGCGCGGCGGCGUCGUCGGGCAGAUCUCGUCAAAGGGGAUGCCGGCGCCGUUCACGGGGCGCAACCUCGUGAACGUGUGGGACUGCGGGCGGCUGAUGCAGCAGAGCUACUAUGGAUGCAGCGACGGCUCCUGCUGGACCUCAAAGCCGUGGCGCUGGAACCCAGUCCAAGCCGGCUCCUGGGGCAACCUCCCAGCGCGCCUGGUGUCGCAGACCGUGGAGGGCGCCCCCAGCAGCCCCACCCGCGUCGUCACCCGCGCCAUGCCCCGCAACUGGGGCGGCCAGGAGCUGCUCGAGGACGUCAUCCUGACGUCGGAUUACUCGCUGCUGCCCGAUGCGCUCGCGGUGACGUACAGCAUGCAGUACGGCGGGGCGGACAGCCAGCCGAUGCUCGACCAGGAGGUGCCCGCCUUUUUCGCCGACAGGCGGCUGAGCGUGCUCGCGGUGUACGAGGGUGCAAAGCCGUGGACGGACGGCGACCUGCGUUUCGCCCUGCCCGGCGGCACGAACGAGUACUUCACGCCAACCGAGCGGUGGGCUGCGUACAUCGAUCCUGCGACCGGCAGCGGCAUCGGCGUUUUUGUUCCCAUCGCCUCCGGCCUUACAGCGUACCGCGUCGGCCCGGACAACACCACGCGCGUCAGCGACACGUCGUACUUCGCCCUCCUCACGCGCUUCCCGAUCGAGGCCAACUCAACGUUCACCUACAAGGCCUACGUCGCCGUCGGCCGCAUCGGAGACAUCCGCAGGACCUUCAGACGCAUCGCGCAGCAGGAGGGCCUCGCGCCGCCGUCCGAGGCGGCCGCCCCUGCCGCCGCAGCAGCAGCAGCCUCGGAUGCGCGGCCGGCGCCAGCGGCGGCGGCUGGCGCGGGCGCGCCGCUGGCGCCGGCACCGGGGGUGCAGGACGGGGCGGCCGCGAAAAUUACAGUCGCGGCGGUGCCGGCCAUGGCGUCGCGGCGGCUGGGACCCGUGGCGGCGGCCAAGGCGGCGGCUAAGGUGGUGGCGAAGGCGACGCCCAAGGGAGCGGCAGCUGUGCAGCGCAGAGACAGCACCACAGGGAAGCAGCAGCGUCACGGCAAGGCGCCCGGCGCGGCUGCACGGUCGGCGCGGCCAGGGGUUUCGCUGUGA